AUGGCCGCCACAACUACUGUCAAAACAAACGCUGUUUGGUCCUUUGGUCUUGGUGGAUUGGAAGGAGAAGACAGCGAAGAGGAAUCGGAGGCCUUUGGAGCCUUUCAAGUAGUGCAAAAAGAGGGUGAAGACAAAGGAGAAGACAAAGAGGAGGGUGAAACAGAAGAGAAAGACGAAAAGGAAGAAGAUCCCGAACCAACCGAAGAGACGGAAUUAGAUUCGGGAUCAGACGCAGCUUCUGCCACAACGUCCAAAGGUUCUUUAGACUUGGAAGAAGAAAAGCCUGCUUCCGCUGUUUGGUCCUUCGGUCUUGGUGGUCAAGAGGAAGACGAUGAGGAUGACGAAGACUCGGAGCCUUUUUCGUUUACUCCUAUAGGUGAUGUGGUCCAAGAAGAAGAAGAAGAAGAAAACAUUCCUGAAGAAGGACCAGCGCCUGUCACUCCCAAUCGACAGCCAAUCCAACAAGAGCAGUCGCUCGAAUUCAGUCAAUUGCAGUCCCAUUCUCCUACUUCUCCUUCCGCCGCUUUCACGAUUAAUGAAGACAGCGCCGUGAAUGACGAGACGUUAGUCUUUGUCUCGCCCGUUUCGCCUCCCAAGCGACCACUUUCCGUGGGAAGCUUGCGACGCCCACGCUAUUCUUCCAAUUUGGAUCCUCAAGUCCGCAUGACGCCUGGAACAUUACUGUCUAAAAUGACACCCAGCGGAGCCUUUAAAAAGGCCAGUCUACUUGCCAACUUAUCCGUGAAAGGGAAACAAGACAAGCGACUCAACCGUGGGAAUCGAAUUUCGUCCAUUCAAUCCUCCUUUCGACAUUUGGAUUUGAUGAGUGAUUCGGAUUCCUCUGGUCUCAAUCACAUUCCGGAUGCCGAUGAUACUGACAAGAUUCCAGGCAACGAAAGUAUGAAUACGGGUGCCACAAUGACGUCCUCUUCCAGUUUCCAGCAAAACGAUGAAGAUUCGGAAUUGAUGAAUGUCCUACCGGUUCUGCCCAACAUGCAUGAUGAUUCUUCUUCUAACUUUGAUGAAUCCUCUCGUCGGACCAACUUUGAUGAAUCUCAGCGAUCCGCAGCUCCUCUUCUUCAAGGCAACGAUGAUGAUGAUGACAAUGACGACGAUAAUGAGAAUGCCUCCUCUCCUGGUACCAAAAAGAAAAAGAAAAAAUCUUCCUCCAAGUCCAAGUCACCCAAAACAUCUCGCAAAACCAAGAAAAUCAAGGGCCUUGCUGGUGACGGCGAUGAUGACGACGUUACCACCACCACCACCACCACCAAAAAGAAGAAGAAAAAGGGCAUUAAAAAAGCCAUUCAAAUGGCCACCGCACCCGCCGUCGCCAUGACGGAAUUGGUGCGGGACGCCUCGUCCGACGUGAAGGAUCUGGUUACCAAUACGGCCACUGGCACCAAGAACUUGGUCAAUCGUACCUCCACGGGUGCCAAGGAUCUAGUGACUUCUACCGCCACGGGAGCCAAGGAUUUGGUCACCAAUGCUGGGGAACAAUUGGGUUUUACCAGUCCUACCCCCAAGAAGAAAAAGAAAAAGAGCAGUAGCAACAAAAGUGGCGACGAUGACAACAAUACCGUCACUACCAAAAAGUCUUCCAAGUCAUCGUCCAAAUCCAAAACCAAGUCGCCCAAAUCCUCCUCUUCGCCUACUCUCCCCAUCAAAAAGAAAAAGAGCAAGCGAAAAAUAGUGGAUCCUUCCAAAGAGAUUCAACGAGCGACCGAACGGCCAUCUUUGGAAGUCAAACAGUCUUCCUUUUCCUCCAAUCAUUCGGCGCAAUCUUGUGCGUCGUUUUUGUAA